GUCCCAAAGAGGCAAGUGUUGUAGUGCCGAUCAUUUUCUCCCUUGAAAUCUUUUUGUUCUUCGAAUAAGUGAAAACAACGGUUUCGUCUACUUUUGUCCAUCAGCUAUCUUCUUAACGGGUUCGUACUCUUUGACCCCCUUAGUCUUGUCUUAGUUGUCCAGGAGUCCCCUUCUUCCACUAGCUUCCCCAUGAUUGUUCCAAGGCGUCCUCAGCAUCCACCACCACCCAUCUCACAGACCACAGAGCUGGCUCUGCAUCAUUUCUCUAUAUCUUCUACACCAGUAUCACCUCCGAGUACGCCUCCAAGAGGUCACAGACCUUCGAUCUCGAAGCCAAUGAUCUGGCUGACUCGCAAUACGAGUUCUUCCUCCAAUACUUCACCACAUGGUGUCGUGGCUGCACCAAUUCGCAUAUCAGAACCCAGAUUUGACAGCUCCUUGGAGAUAUUUAAUGUCAAACGUAGUGGGCCUCUUGGAAGCGGCGCCAUGGUUGUGAGGACACCACAAGAGGCGCUGUCUGGUACGAGCACCCUGUUUGGCGAUGAAGAUGAUGAUGGCGGACAACUGGAGUCGGCUUCUGAGGCACCCUCUGAGGAGGCAGUGGGCUUGCCCACGCUUGCGGAUGGUCUGCCACCUGUGCCGUCGAAGUCUUCUCUUGACUCGUCAACUCCAACUAUAUUCGCCUCGACACAUGGUAGUUCAUCGAGUCUUCCGGCAAAAGACACAUCAGCACCGCCAUGCCCAAGCCGUCCUCCUCCCCCCGCGCCACUGACGUCAUCUACAAUUCUUCGUCCAGUCAUUAAAACAAAGACUUCCCCGUCUCUAGCAGAAAACCUGCCGCCCGUACCACCACUUCCAGUGAACGUUUCUGCUACGCCACCCCAACCUCCCUUCGAACCUAUUCUACUGUCCCCUGUCCCUAGCAGUGCAAUUGAUCCUUCCAAGAUUAUCGUGACCAUAGAGACAAGUUCAGCAACGCACCGCACGACACUCCGUACUCUUAUUUCAAGGCCUUCUUACCUCUCAAAUUAUGUCACUUCCCUCUUACCACGAAAAUCAGUUGUGGCAUCGUUGUACUCCAAUGCAAGCGAUAUUUCCGAGCUUCCAGACAAGUCGUUCAACGCUAUGUUUCAUGACCAUUUGGCAUCUUCUGGGUUUAUAUCCCAGUCAACCAUGAAUAUACAUAUAUUCCUCGACAGGCCAAGUGCUCCGUAAGUACCUCCCGCUUCUGAUUGUGUAUAAUCGUCAAUGCUAUCAUUUUAGAUACGUGCACAUCUUGUCGUACCUACGCACUCCCCUUUUCACUUCAGAACACCCAGCCAUCAUUCCUAGAGCCGUUCAACUUGCGUCUUCGUCACGGGCAAGACUUGAUGCAUUACUCGAGCUUCGUGACGAGGCCAAUUAUCUUGGUCUGGACGAGUUGUUCAAGCUAUGCAAUGACGAGAUAUGUAGUAGA